GGCACGGGGGUGAGAAAGAACCUUCCAAGCGAAGCUAAAGCGGAAAUCUGACAAGCUUCCUUUCUCUCACCCACCGGGGUUCUGCUUUUGUCUUCCCGCCUCCUUCUGCCUUGUUAUCUUUCACCAGAAGAGUUAAAAAUGGCAGGCUACCUGCGAGCUGUUAGCACUAUCUGCAGAGCAUCCGCCGCCGCCUUGGGCAAGAACCCUGGCGUGCUCGCCCCGGCCCUCAGCCAGCAGCAACUGCAGCAGCAACGGAACUAUGCUGACAAGCGUAUCAAGGUGGCCAAUCCAGUUGUGGAGAUGGACGGUGAUGAGAUGACCCGUAUCAUCUGGGAAUUUAUAAAAGAGAAGUUGAUCCUGUCAAAUGUAGAUGUUGAGCUGAAAUACUUUGAUCUUGGGCUUCCGUAUCGUGACCAAACAAAUGACCAGGUCACCAUAGACUCUGCACUGGCCACUCUGAAAUACAAUGUUGCUGUGAAAUGUGCCACUAUUACACCAGAUGAGGCAAGAGUUGAAGAAUUUAAGCUGAAAAAGAUGUGGAAGAGUCCCAAUGGAACGAUCAGGAACAUUUUGGGUGGAACAGUGUUCCGUGAUCCAAUUAUUUGCAAGAAUAUUCCUCGUUUGGUACCUGGAUGGACGCAAGCUAUUACUAUUGGCAGACAUGCCCACGGAGACCAGUACAAAGCUACAGAUUUUGUGGUCGAUCAGGCUGGAACUUUCAAGUUAGUCUUUGCUCCGGCAAAUGGAACUGCCACAAAGGAAUGGGAAGUGUUCAACUUUCCUGCUGGAGGUGUCGGCAUGGGCAUGUACAACACAGAUGAGUCCAUCUCUGGGUUUGCACACAGCUGCUUUCAGUAUUCCAUACAGAAAAAGUGGCCCUUGUAUUUGAGCACAAAGAACACUAUUUUGAAGGCUUAUGAUGGCAGGUUUAAGGACAUCUUCCAGGACAUCUUUGAGAAGCAUUACAAGCCAGAAUUUGACAAACUGAAGAUUUGGUAUGAACACAGAUUGAUUGAUGACAUGGUUGCACAGGUUCUGAAAUCUACCGGAGGCUUCGUUUGGGCUUGCAAGAACUAUGAUGGAGAUGUUCAGUCAGAUAUUCUUGCUCAAGGCUUUGGUUCACUUGGUUUAAUGACCUCGGUCCUGGUUUGCCCAGAUGGAAAGACUAUUGAAGCUGAAGCAGCUCAUGGAACAGUCACUCGCCAUUACAGGGAGCAUCAAAAGGGAAGGCCAACAAGCACUAACCCUAUUGCCAGUAUUUUUGCAUGGACAAGAGGCUUGGAACACAGAGGCAAGCUAGAUGGAAACCAGGACCUAAUUAACUUCUCUUUAACACUUGAAAAGGUCUGUGUGGAGACUGUAGAAAGUGGCAUCAUGACAAAAGACUUGGCUGGCUGUAUUCAUGGAGGCAUGAGCAACGUUCGUCUUAAUGAACAUUAUGUGAACACGACAGACUUUUUGGAUGCAAUUAAGAACAACCUCGACAAAGCUCUUGGGAAGAAUUAACAUACUGUAGCUUAACAGCCUGUUAACUUUUUUACCUCAUUUUUAACCAUUCAAAAUAGGAAUUGCCAAAAUAGCUUGGCUCUGGAACAAAUUUUUUAACCCAUUAAAUGCUGGUCGAAUUUUUAAACACCCUAAAGUACCGCAACUGAAUGGGACUGGUCCUUAGAGUUGCCUGUGUUUAGUGCUGGACCUAAAUUUUUAAUACACCUUUAUUUUGUCAGCAACCUCUUACCUGGUGCCGUGUACAGAAAAUAAAUAUUGGAAGAUC